AAUCCUGAUGUGGAUGCUAAACCUUCCGUUCAUGUUCUGGUACUGGGUGAUGUCACAAGAUCUCCUCGGAUAAAAAAUCAUGCGAACUCUUUUGCUAGGGAGGGGUGGCGGGUUAAAUUUGCUGGCUACCGGGGUUUGCAGCCAACUGCGGACAAUGACCUUACGUGCUACUACCUCUCUCAAGUACCUAUAUUUGUGGACGACUACCUUCCGCGAUUUAUUUCUCUUUUCUUUAAGAUCAUUUUCCUAUCGAUUUCCCUCUUCGUUUACUUGGUCCUGCACAUGCGAGAGGACUUGCUAUUUGUUCAGUCCCCUCCUGCGGUACCCACUCUUCUGAUUGUAUACUUUUUUGCAUUGCUGAAGCGUAUGUAUAAGCUCAUGGAAUUGACAUUCGCGUCUUGGUUUCUCAACUCGAAUACUUUUGUGAAGACCCGCCAUUUUGCAGUUUCCAAAGCUCUUCAGAAAAAUUUACGUGAACAAACAGGGAUUGACGCGAUAGUUGUUUAUGAUAGACCGACCAAGGAUUUUAAACCCACUACGGUUGAAGACGCACACCGACUGUUUUGCCGUCUCUCCUACGAUUAUCCGCAGCUAAGAGGUCCAGAAGGAUCUACUCAAAGCACGGCUUUUACGGAGGUUGUCGAUCCAUCUUCCGGUACCUGUGGGUGGCGUGUUGAUCGACCGGCUCUUCUCAUUAGCAGCUGUUCAUGGACUCCCGAUGACGACUUUGCCAUCAUGUUGGAGGCUUUGGACAGCUAUAAUGCUACUGUCACCUCCUCCCCUAAUAUCUCCUUUCAUAAGCUCAUUUAUAUCGUUACUGGCCGCGGACCGUUGAAGUCGCAUUUUCAAGCAAUAAUAAAAGAACGCAAGUGGGAACACGUGGAGGUUUUGACCCCUUGGCUUGAAUGGUCCGACUAUCUGCUACUUCUGGGGGCUGCCGACUUGGGUGUUAGUCUACAUCACAGUACCUCUAAUCUCGAUCUUCCCAUGAAGAUCGUGGACUUGAUAGGCGCCGAGGUACCAGUUCUUGCGCUAGCUUAUCCAGCUCUCUCGGAACUACUUCCAAACGGUCAGUUGGGGUAUCACUUUUCCACGUCAGCAGCUCUAACCGACCACUUGACUCGCCUUCUGAUGCCGAAGGAGGACUUUGAGGGUGUUGGCGAUGCUCCCGACCUAAUCCGCUGCCGUCGUAACCUGCAUGAGCUCAAACAAUUCCCGAACAUGGACUGGCACACUCACUGGCUUAGCACCGUCCUACCCGUCUGUGAGAAACUGCUGGCAAAAAGCUAA